AUAAGACAGUCACCAUGGUGUUUACAUCUGCUACCAACACCAGAACCGGAACCGGCAUGGUGGCUGGUGCAAGUAGUGUAUAUACCCGACAGCAUCUCCAUUGUCAACGGCAACAGCACCUUCCAGUUAGACAUGAGGGGCUUUUGGAACAUCACUGGGGUCUCCCUGGAGACCUCCUGCCCAGACUGCCUGGUGAUGAGCCAAUCAGCUCCUGCUGCAGCUCUAGCCUGUGAGGACCUCCUUAAGCCCAUGGAUCCACCACGACUAGACCAGCAGCUCUUGAGGAGAUGGGCCCUCGUCGCAGGCAGCUUGAGCCACCCUGCAUCCCUGGAGAGUCUCAAGACCAGAGACGGCAUCACCAUGGAGUUUUCACCCUCUACCCCCAACACCACCCAGAACUCCAACACCGCCACAACCGUCCACUACACCCAGACUAACCGUUUUGGCAGCCGUUGCGAGUCUCUAACCUACAAUAUCUCACUCAUCAACGACAACAGCACCUUCCAAUUCAACGUGGGGGGCCGAUUCAACCUCACUGGGGUCUUCCUGGAGACCUCCUGCCCAGACUGUCUGGUGAUGAAGUGGGAGGUGAGCUCCAGGAGGAGGGAGUCCACGGACCUGUACCUGCUGAGGAAGACGGAGGGUGGGAGAGAGGUGGAGGAAGAGGAGAUGGAAGAGUUCAGGAAACAGGUGGAGUGUAUGGGGCUGCCGCCGCCAGUGGUGAUGGAGCCGGGGGAUGCCCACUGUGGGUCCUAUCAGCUGCCCUGGAAACACUGAGGAGGAGGAGAAGACGAAGCUCGAUCAGAGUGAUCCGAGAGUGGGGGCCGUGAGACCGAUGUAGAGACACGUUUUCUGUCGUCUGUUUUGUAAUCCAACAUUUCUGUGUUUACUGUUUGUCGAUGACCUGUAGAAUUUUGAGGGGGGGAAAAAGAUGCACGAUUUGUCAUAUUAUUCUGUCUUCUUUGCUUCUUUAACAGAUGUAAUUACGUUCACAGACUGAUUUAAUGUCCCAGAGCUGCAGCUAAUUCACAGAGACAGUGGGAUCCAGCAGGAAUGUCGGGGCGUCAUUAGGACUCUAUGCACAAUGGGAAAGAAAAGUCUUUUAGAAUUGGAUUCCUUUUGUAUAAUUUGGCAUAACCUCAUUUUUCCACGUGCAUUAAAGUGCUCAUACUGUUAAUUCUCAGAUUAAACUGGAUGGAACCGUGAA